UUUAUUUCGAGAAUGAAAGAAAGAAUACUAAAAACGAAACAUUUUGUUUGGUGUAUUAUUAUUAUUUCUCUCUGUAUGUGUGUAACCUGAUCUGUUUCUUCUCUUCCUCAUGUUUAGUCGUCAUUAAUUUGCAUUCGGUUGUCCAAUCGUUUACUCGCAAGUCCAAAAAGCGGGCUCAAUGGAUUUCUGGCAAAAAACUCGGAGUUUGGCGGAAGAAGCAGCAAAGCGAACGCAAGAAUUCACCAAAGAAGCGGCGAAUCGUUCACAGGAAAUAACCAUUGGUUCCUCCAAGCUCUCAGACGUCGUUUUAGCAGCAUCCAAACGAUCCAAAGAAUUCGCCGCCGAGGCAUCCAAGCUAUCCAAAGAAAUUGCCGUCGAGGCUUCUAAACGAUCCAAAGAAAUUGCCGUCGAAGUUUCUAAACGUGCCGAUGUUAUUGUUUCGGAAGCUUCCAAACGCGCCGAUCAGAUCAAAGUCGAUGCUCUCAAACGCGCUGAACAGAUCAAGUUUGAAAUUCCUUCAUCUGCGCUUUCUCACAUUGUCGACUCCUCGGCUCCUCCUCAAACCGCUUUGCCUCCCCCUACGCCGGCCGAUCUAGAAAAAUUUGGAGUAACCGAUGACCUGAGAGAAUUCGUUAAGGGGAUUACCAUUAAUACGUUUCAGGAUUUUCCACUUGAAGAUGAUUCGGUGAUCUCUGAUAUCCCUACAGUCUCAAAUGUUCGGCAGGAUCUUACAGAAUUUCAGGAAAAACACGCAAAAUUUGUUCUUUCGUCUGUCAAGGAAAUUUCAAAGCUAAGAUACGAGUUAUGCCCACGCAUAAUGAGGGAGAGGAAGUUCUGGAGAAUCUACUUUAUUUUAGUUAACAGUCAUGUGGCCCAUAUUCCAAAAUGUGCCUCAUCACUUUGGUAUGAAAAGAAAUACAUGGAAGAGGCCAAAAUAAGAUCUGUUGAAAAGGCACCAGUAGAGAUUGUAAAGGAGGUUUCAUUAGCUGAAACAACUUCUAAACCAGAGGCAGAGGCAACAGCGCAGAAAAAUAAGAAGGCAACCUCAUCAACAUCAGACCAGGAUUUGGAUGUUUUUCUCCUUGGAGAAGACAGCGAUGAUGGGCCAGGGAGCUCACAACGGUGAAAGUAAGUGCAUAGCAUUGGCUGCCUUUGCUCGGGAAGUUUGGGGAUGAAGUCCUUCUGGAUGACGUAUUCCUGUGGGAUAGCAUGAUAAAGCCAGCUACAUCAAUUAGCCAAUACUCACCAUAUUCCAUUCCACCUAUUCUUCCACGGUGGUGUGUUGCAUUUUAUUGCUCUUUAUUUUGCUAUAUUCUUACUGGAAAUACAGAGGAGAGGGUGGGCAAUGGCGGUCAAAUAGUGUAUGAUGGUAUUUCGGAGCUGUAAAUUUGGAUUCAUUUUUAUUUUCAUUUGUCUUUAUUCUGUAUCAGCAGCAAUUUAUUCAUUAUAUAUCUAUUUCUAUGUUGGUGGACAACAGUAGAUUCGUCUGCUUUCUUUAAAUCAAAUGGGGAACUAUUUUCCCUUUCCGAGAACAUUUCAUUUGGUGGUGUAUAAAAACAGUACUGAAUAGGGUGUAUUUGUUAUACUGAGAUUAGAAGUGUGGGCAUUAGUUACGCCAAGCUUAUUUUUAUUCA